AUGCAGUCGCCACUCGACAGCAACAGCGACAUCCAGCGAAGCGUCGAGGCCAUGCUCGAGGAGGAAGAGCUCAAGCACAAGGCCAGAGCCGCCGGCAACGUCAAGAAGGAACCACGCGAGUUCGAGUCCUACGGCAAGCUCUUCGACCAGACCAAGGACUUCGUGCCGCUCGAAGACAGCAGCAGUAGCGACCCACGCAGCGAUGGACGCGAUCGGGGUGGCCGUCAAGGGUCUCACAACAAGAACAGGUAUUCCACCGAGCGAGAGGAGAACGACGAACGGCGAUCCCGCAGGUCUCGAGACUUGGCUGAUGACGAUGAUGUCAAGGGGAACGUGAAGGAUGGCAGCGAAAAGGGCAGUGCUAACGGAAGUGUCCGUAGUAGGAACAGGAGCAGGAGCCCUGGCCGCUACGAUCGCCGCGACCCAGCCAACUAUCGCCAGCGCGAUCGCCUCGACUCUUAUCAGCCAUCCGGCGGCCGUAGAGAGCGCGAAGAGACCGACAGCUAUCGCCCAGGCAGUAGUGGCGGACGCUCAAGGUACCGUGACGACUACCGCGAUCACCCCCGCGACCGCGACCGCCGUGAUCGCGACAGGUACCACUCUGACCGCGACAACCGUCGCCCCUCCCACUCUCACUCCCACGGAAGCAAGAGGGCGCCAGAGCCUACUGAUGAUGAGAAAGACAGGCGCACCGUGUUCUGUCAACAGCUCGCCUCAAGUCUCAAAGAACACCAGUUCCACGAGUUCUUUGAGCAGGUCGGACAGGUGAUUACGGCUCAGAUCGUGAGGGAUCGCAUUAGCAACCGCAGCAAGGGUGUUGGCUACGUCGAGUUCAAGGAGGAAGAGUCGGUGCCGAAAGCCAUCGCACUGACCGGCCAGAAACUGAACCGCGUCCCAAUCAUCGUUCAGCUCACGGAAGCAGAGAAGAAUCGCCAAGCCAAGACCACUGAAGGCACGGCCACCCAGUCGAACGGCGUCCCGUUCCACCGUCUCUAUGUCGGCAACAUCCACUUCUCUAUAACAGAGGGAGACCUCCGCGACGUCUUUGAGCCGUUCGGGGACCUGGAAUUCGUGCAACUGCAGAAAGAGGAGCAAGGACGCAGCAAGGGCUAUGGUUUCGUACAGUUCGUCGACCCGACCAAGGCCAAGGAAGCGCUCGAGCACAUGAACGGCUUUGAGGUCGCCGGCCGCCCCAUUCGUGUCGGGCUUGGCAACGAUAAGUUCACGCCUGAGUCCACCCAGUCGCUCCUUCAGCGUUUCGGCGCUCAAGCUCCUCAACAGGGUUCCCAGUUCUCUGGCAUGGGCGGACGCGGCGCUCACGCUGGAGGCACUGCCAACUUCGACCGCGCGAGUGGCAAGGAAGCUCAAGAGAAGACCGGUGGCGCCAGUGCGCUCGACGACUCGGACGUGGCAGGUGUUAGCUUCUCCAACUACAGCCGUGAUUCAUUGAUGCGCAAGCUUGCUAGGACCGACGAGCCGGAGCAGAAGAUCGCCGUCAAGGCUCCGCCGAAGAAGGCACCAGUCGAGCAGACGACCAAGACUCGCUGCGUGUUGAUCAAGAACAUGUUUGACCAGGCCGAGGAAGAAGCGUCCAACCCCGGAGGCUGGCAGAAGGAGCUCACCGACGACGUCAAAGAGGAAUGCGACAAGAAGUAUGGCGUCGUCGUCCACAUCGCCGUCUCCCCGAACUCCGACGAAGGCGAGGUGUACGUCAAGUUCGACCGCAUGGAGGGUGGCGAGAACGCGAUCCGCGGCCUCAAUGGGCGUCGCUUCGCUGGGAGGGUGCUGUCUGCGCAGUACGUGGUCGAUCACAUCUACAACAUGAUGUUCCCGGCUGCUUCGAACAAGUAA